UUACAAUUUACAGCUGUUCGGACCGGGCGAGUUCCUCCGAAGAGGGAAGGAAGAUUGGCCGCAGUCGAAAACCCUUGAAAAUAAAGACUAAUUACAGUCCAAAACCUUUGAAAACAAAAAUAUUCGCCAGUCCAAGACCUUCUCAGGAGACAAAGGCUUUCAGUUAAUUCUGGGACUUUUUUUUUUUAUUCGUAUUAUACUUCCUGCGAUGCUACAAGUAGGCUUUUUCAGCAGGAAGUGGAGGCCUGAGCUGAUCAGAAAUUUAGGUAGAUUGUCUCACAGCUGUGCAAGGGGAGCACACACCAUAGCAGAUGAAACAGGCAUGAAAGCAGAUUCUUCAGAAGCGAGAGAAAUCCCUAUACGGCAUUCAAGGGAGAAAAUUGAUGAUGAUUCAAAAUCCAACCAGCAGGUAAAAGAAGAAAAGGCAUUGCCUCUAUACAAACACCACAUCCCUACAGACAUCUUCCAGAAGACUUUGCUGACGGUGGGUGCAGCAGCUGCAGCCCUUCUGGACCCUAGACGUCAUGACAUGGUUGCAGUACUCGGAGAGACUACAGGGUACACAGCUCUGUCCAAGAUUUAUGCAAUGAUGAUUGAGGAUGAAGAGGGUCGGCAAAUCCUCAUAGACAAGCCUAGGAUUAAUAGCUCAACACUCAACCUACCCUUCCUACGCCAGCUUCCUGAGGGCACUCUAGGUCAUGCCUACAUAAAAUUUCUAGAUGACAACCAAGUUACACCCGAUUCACGCUUGCCUGUCCAGUUUGUUGACGAUCCAGAGUUGGCCUACGUCAUGCAGCGGUACCGUGAAGGCCACGACCUUUUCCACACAGUUCUAGGCAUGCCCACAAAUAUGCUUGGUGAAGUAGCAGUCAAGUGGAUUGAGGGUAUCCAGACUGGCUUACCCAUGUGUGUGGGCGGUGCCAUAUUUGGGCCCCUUCGAUUCAGGCCAAAACAAAGGCAGAAGUAUAUUUCUGAGUAUCUCCCUUGGGCAGUAAGAGUAGGUAGAUCUUCUAAAUUACUAAUGAAUGUAUAUUUUGAGAAAAGGUGGGAACAAUCUUUAACUGAACUCAGGGAUGAAUUAGGCAUUGAAUCACCCCCUUCUCUAUGAGAAUGAAUUUAUAUCUUAGCAAAUUGUUUAUAUAUAAAAUGUAUGAUUGUUGAUAUUGUAAAUAAUAAAUUUGAAAUAUG